CGGCAAGAGCGGCACUGGGAGGACCAGAGUGCUGAAUAGAGCCAAUGGACGGAGCAGGGAGGGAGAGCGCCAAAUAUGUGGGAAUGGGGAUUUCUCAGCGGUUAUCUGCCCCCAUCAGACGGACUCAUGGAGGAGGUGUUCAUUAAAAGAUCACAGCAGAAGAAAAAGACCUCACCACUCAACUAUAAGGAGAGAUUAUUUAUCCUGACUGACUCCAAAAUCUCCUACUAUGAAUAUGACAGCGAGCGAACGAAACGAGGGGGCAAGAAAGGGUCAAUCGAGAUGGAAAAAAUCAAGUGUGUGGAAACAGUAGUUACCGAAGAUAACUGUCCUCUGGAUAGGCAGUACCCAUUCCAGAUCGUGUAUGAUGAGGGCCCUCUGUAUGUGUUUGCCAAGAAUGAAGACGUGCGGAAGCAGUGGAUCAAAGAGUUGAAUAGCAGAAUCCGGUUCAAUCAGGAGCUGAUGCAGAAAUACCACCCACGUUUCUGGAUGGAGGGAGAAUGGUCCUGCUGCCAACAGUCAGCUAAAAAUGCACCAGGUUGUUCCAUCAUCAAGACCAUGAAUUCUUUUCCUUCAGCAGGGAAUUCUCGGCGUAAAUCCAGGAAACCCCUUCCUCCAACUCCAGUGGAAGAACAGCAACAGAUGAAACGGGCUCCACCUCCCCAACCUAGCUCAGUACCCAUGAAAGUGGUCGUUGCUCUGUACGAUUACCACAAGAUAAAUCCCGAUGAUCUGUCUCUCCGGAAAGAUGAAGAAUACAUUGUGUUAGAUGACCAAGAUCAGCACUGGUGGAAGGCUAGAGACAAGCACGGACAAGAAGGAUUCAUCCCCAGUAACUACGUGGUGGAAUCCGGUAACCAGCUUGAAACAUACGAAUGGUACAAUAAAGAAAUCACAAGAAGUAAAGCAGAGCAGCUCCUGAAACAGGAGGGUAAGGAAGGUGCAUUCCUGCUCAGGAAUUCGAGCCAGGCUGGGAAAUACACAAUGUCUGUGUUCAGCAAAGCAACAGGGGAUCAGUGUGGAAAAGUCAAACACUACACUGUGUGUACGACGCCAUCCAACCAGUACUACCUUGCAGAGAAACACACCUUCAAUUCGAUCCCAGAACUGAUCAACUAUCACCAGCACAAUGCAGCAGGGCUUGUUACCAGGUUACGACACCCGGUGUCACAGCAGAGCAAGAAAGCCCCAUUGACGGCUGGAUUUGGUUACGGUGCCUGGGAGAUCAAUCCAGUGGACCUCACUUUCCUGAGGGAGCUGGGGAAUGGGCAGUUUGGUGUUGUGAAACAUGGUAAAUGGCGGGGACAGUACGAGGUGGCCAUAAAAAUGAUCAAAGAGGGCUCCAUGUCUGAGGAUGACUUCAUUGAUGAGGCUGAAACAAUGAUGAAGUUGAAACAUGACAAGUUGGUGCAGUUAUAUGGUGUCUGCACAAAACAACGGCCAAUCUAUAUCGUCACUGAGUUUAUGUCAAAUGGUUGCCUGUUGGAUCACCUGAAGAAAUAUGGGAGAAAACUGAGCAGCUUACAACUGCUGGAGAUGACCAAGGAUGUGUGUGAAGCCAUGGCAUACCUAGAGUUACAUAGGUUCCUGCACAGAGACCUGGCUGCCAGGAACUGCUUGGUCGAUGAGGCAGGGACUGUGAAGGUAUCGGACUUUGGUCUGAGCAGGUAUGUCCUCGAUGAUGAAUACACAAGUUCACAAGGUUCAAAGUUCCCUGUGCGCUGGUCUCCUCCUGAAGUUCUCAACUUUGCCCGAUUCAGCAGCAAAUCUGACGUAUGGGCCUUUGGGGUCCUGAUGUGGGAGACCUUUUCUUUGGGGAAAACGCCCUAUGAAAGAUUCAACAAUGCAGAUGUAGUGGAUCAUAUACUGCAAGGACGUCGCUUGUAUAGACCCCAGCAGGCCUCCGAGAAUGUCUACAACAUCAUGUAUAGCUGCUGGGAGGAUAAAGCAGAUAAUCGUCCAUCUUUCAGCUUGCUGCUGAGCAGUAUCCAGGAGCUGGUGGAAGAUGACAGCCAGGUGUGAGGGGAUUCUCCGCAGUCUCAGCCAGAGCUCCUACUGCAUAUUCCUUCUUUGCCAAUGCAACGUGUUUACCCCUUUGCAACCUUCAUGCACCGUGAUAAAACAGAAAUGUGUAAAACUCUUUAAACUGGACCCUAUCCACACAUACACUUACACAAUACAACCACACAUACAUAGACAAGCCCACAUAUAUAGACACACAUAUAUAGACACGCACCAACAUAGACACACAGGCAGGACAAAAUAAAUCUUUGAUUCUAUAUUAUUUAAAA